AUGGGUUCAGUCGGAGAGCCAGAAGUUCCUUACACGGACGUCCUCCUUGUGGGUGCUGGAUUUGCGUCCUUCACCCUCUUGAAUAGGCUGCGCAAACUCGGCCUUGGUGUUCGUAUCUACGAGAAAGGAGCUGCAUCGGGUGGUAUCUGGUACUGGAACUGCUACCCUGGAGCCCGUGUCGACUCCGACACUCCAAUCUACCAGCUUUUUGAUAAGGAGCUGUGGGAGGACUUCACCUACAAGGAGCGCUACCCGGCAUGGCCGGAGCUCCGCCGCUACUUCCAGCACGUUGAUAAGAAGUGGAAUGUGUCCGCACACACGACGUUCAACAUGUGCGUGGACAGCGCCGAAUUCGAUACCAAGACGAACCAAUGGUUGGUCGAAUGCUCAGACGGAAGCCAAAUUACUUGCAAGUGGUUCAUUCCUUGCCUCGGAUUCGCCUCCAAACACUAUUCGCCGCCAUUCCCUGGUCUCAGCAACUUCAAGGGCGAGAUUUUCCACACUGCCAAAUGGCCACAGCACGAUGUGAACCUGAAGAACAAGAGGGUCGCAGUCGUCGGAACUGGCGCCUCUGGCAUUCAGACAAUUCAAGAGCUGGGCCCCAAGGUCAAGAAACUCACCGUUUACCAACGAACUCCGAACAUGUGCUUGCCAAUGAACCAACGCGUGCUGGACCCUCAGGAAGAGGAGAGGAAGAAGCAGGACGGCACCUAUGAGAAACUCAUCAACGACACCCGCGGCACAUUCGCUGGCUUCACCUACGACUUUGUCGACAAGAAGACCUUCGAUGACAGCCCCGAGGAGCGUGAGAAGUUCUACCACAAGCUCAUGGUCGAGCAGGGCGGUUUCAGAUACUGGCUCAACACUUACAGCGACAUGCUGUUCGACGACAAGGCAAACGACGAGGCCUACAACUUCUGGAGACAGCAGGUGCUGAAGCGCGUCAAGAACCCAGAAAAGCAACGUAUUCUUGCGCCCGAGAAGAAGCCUCACCCAUGGGGCACCAAGCGUCCCAGUUUGGAACAACGCUAUUACGAGGUCGUAGACGCCGACAAUGUCGAGAUUAUCGACGUAAACGAGAACCCCAUCAAUGCCGUCGAGGCUGAAGGACUCGUCACACCCAAGGGUCUGAACGAAAUCGACGUUCUCGUCCUUGCCACCGGAUUCGAUUCCGUCACUGGCUCGCUCGCUCAGCUCGACAUCAAGGACGUCAACGGCAAGAACGUCGCGGACCACUGGAAGAACGGCACGAAGACCUCGAUGGGAAUCGCGAUUCCCGGCUUCCCCAACAUGUUCUUCCUUUACGGCCCCCAGGCACCCACCGCCUUCUCCAACGGCCCCAGCUGCACGCAGUUCCAAGCCGAAUUCGUGGAAGAGGCCUUCAAGGGGAUCCUGAAGGACAACAUCCAGAGAUUCGAGGCUACACAGGAGGCAGAAGAUGACUGGGGCAAGAGGAUGAAUGAGAAGUGUAAGUCUUGACAACCAUUUGCAAUUGACGAUGAAACGAAUGCUAAAACGAAAAUCUUUCGCAGGGGACGCCACACUCUUCCCCAUGGCCAAGUCAUGGUACUCUGGUGCCAACAUCCCCGGCAAGAAAGUCGAACCCCUGAACUGGGCGGGCGGCAUGGUCGAAUAUGUCGACUCGCUGCACAAGAGCUUGGAGAACAACUACCAGGGAUGGAAAGUGGAAAAGGCAUAG